AUGAUUACUUACUGUUUCAGAGGAAUAUCGUCAAGAAUAGCAGUUGCGAUGUGGUGGUUUUUCUCGCUCAUCAUGACUAGUUCUUACACAGCUAAUCUUGCAGCUUUUUUGACCAAAGCCAAUUCAGAACCACCAAUCGAUGGAGCUGAAGCUCUCUCUAAGCAAACUAAAAUAAAAUAUGGCCUUUUAACAGGAGGAUCCACUGAGUCUUUUUUCCGCAACUCAAAUUUCUCCACUUACCAAAGGAUGUGGUUGAAUAUGCAACAAUUCAGGCCCAGUGUUUUUGAAGACACUAACCAACGUGGCGUUGUUAGAGUUAACACCACAAAAAAUUCCCUGUACGCUUUUUUGAUGGAGUCCACACAAAUUGAGUAUGAGAUUGAAACUAACUGUCACUUGAAACAAAUUGGGGAUUGGUUGGAUUCUAAAAGUUACGGCAUAGCAAUGCCAAUGAAUUCUCCUUACAGGGGUGCUAUAAAUAUGGCAGUGUUGACCAUGCAGGAAUCGGGAGCACUCGCAGAACUCAAACAAAAAUGGUGGAAAAAAAUGAGAAAAGAACCAUCCUGUGAUUCAAUGGAUGCCGGUGAAGAUGAAGACUCAGGCAAGUUGGCCUUGGCAAAUGUUGGUGGUGUUUUCUUAGUGUUAUAUAUUGGAUUAGCUUUGGCAUGUUUUAUAUCGUCAAUAGAGUUUUUAUGGAAUGUGAGGAACGUCUCAGUGGAGGAACAC